GGAAAAACAUCAUUUGUUUGUCACGCACACACUCUCUAUUGGGCUGCUGGCAUUCCAUCCUCACUAUACGUUCAUUUCUGCGGUGUGCUUUAACCUUGUCGCUCCUUGUGUGUGUGUGUGUGUGCGUGCGUGUUUUUAGCUCGUGCUACAUCUCUCUUCCUUUAAGGUGCUUUUUGAUUUCUCCCCUGACCGAAUCAUGUCAGCCGCCGACUCGCAAGUGUCUACACCCCCAGAGGUGUACGACAAUCUCAAGUGGAAUGGGUGGGGUGAACAGGGUAUUCAGAUGCAGCUGGACGAGGAGCACGAGUUCUGGGUGCGCCACGUGGACGGAAAGCCCAUCAAGAAUCUUUUGGAUUUUCUGUACAACGAGGUCAGCGGCGGACAGGGUCCGAAGGAGCUUCCCCCGCUGAGCCCCAGCAUCCCGCUCGAGAAGGCCAUCGCAAAGCUGAACAAGCCGAACACCAACGAUGCCUUCAUGAAGGACCUCUCCGCCGCCCUGGAGAAGAGUCAAAUCCGGCCCGACGGCAAGAGUCGCCUGCUUCACAUUGUGGGGAAGAACUAUCGUGAUUUGUGGCGUGUGCGCAGGGGAAUGGUGGAGUACGCACCCGACUGCAUCCUGCUGCCAAACAACCACCGCGACUGCGUCACGAUUAUGCAGCUGGCGCAGAAGCACAACGUCGUCGUCAUCCCGUUUGGCGGUGGCACGAACGUGACGGGCGGCAUCGAGGCGGACCCGUUUGAGCGGGCUCGCAUGAUCGUCUCGGUCGAUAUGCGGCGCAUGAGCCGCAUGCUCUCCAUCGACCGCGAGUCGCACGUGGCUACGUUUGAAGCCGGUGUGCUGGGGCCGGCCCUGGAUGAUCAGUUGUUUCGCUACGGCUUUAUGUUAGGCCACGACCCCGACAGCUACAAGUACUCCACGCUUGGGGGGUGGAUUGCCGCGCGUGGCAGUGGGGCCAUGUCGAACCAGUACGGUGACAUUGAGGACAUGGUCAUCUCGAUGAAGGUGGUCACGCCGACAGGGGUGAUCGAGACACCCAUGACCUCCCGUGUGUGCGGCGUGGAUCUGAACGGGCUCGUUAUCGGCUCUGAAGGCGCCUUCGGUAUCGUCACGGAGGCUACCAUCAAAAUUGAGGAGAUCCCCGAGGAGAAGCUGUACGAGGGCUACCUCUUUCCCUCCUUCGAGGCGGGCUUCAGCGCCUUUUACACGUGCAACACGAAGGGCAUCCGUCCCUGCACAAUGCGGCUAUACGACGCGGACGACUUCCACAUGAGCAUGGCCAUGAGCACCAGCUCGCACGGCUUCCUGGAGAAGCUCAUCAGCAAGGGCGUGAAGGCUUUCCUGGAGAACUACCGCGGGUGGAACAUGCGCAACAUGUGCCUCGUCAUCAUCGGCUUCGAGGGCACGCGGCAGCGGGUGCGGUUUCAGCGCGCAGAGGCGGCGGCGGUGCUGAAGAAGUUUGGUGGCGUCGGCGUCGGCCGCUCGGCCGGCGACAGCUGGCAGGAGAAGAAGUACGACCUGCCCUACAUCCGCGACUUCGCCCUCUCCCUGUCCCACUGGGCCGACGUCCUCGAGACGAGCGUGCUCUACUCCCAGGCGGUGCCAUGCUGGCGUGCGGUGAAGGAGGCGGUGCGGCAGGUGUGGAAGGAGCACGGCCACCACGGCUGGAUCGGCUGCCACACGGCGCAUCAGUACAAGUACGGCUGCUGCCUGUACUUCACCUUUGCGUGUGCGCAGAAGGAUGAUCAGGAUAUGAAGAUUUUCCUGGAGAUUAAGAAGCGGGCGACGGAGGCGAUGCUGCGGCACACCGGCAACCUGACCCACCACCACGGCAUCGGGUACGAGCAUGUGCCGUGGAUGACGCGCUUCAUGGGCGCUGGCGCCAUGGACGUGCUAUUCAACUUGAAGAAGUCAAUAGACCCCAAGAACAUCUGCAACCCGGGCAAGCUGCUGCCUUCGGCUCCGCGGGCUGGUGAGAGCGCAGAAGCGUUGAAGGCGCGGCAACAGAAGGAGCUCAUGUUUGACAAAAUGGGCGUUCCCGGGGCGGUGAUGUCGCAUUUGUAG